UUUUCGAUUGCAAUUUAGGAAAGAGAAAAAAGCGUGCUGGAUUUUUCAAAGAAGAGUGUUGAUUAAACUGGCGAAUUUAGUACUAAGUUCGUCGCAUGAUGCUUCCAAGUCCGGUCACGUCGACGCCAUUCUCGGUGAAAGACAUCCUAAAUCUGGAGCAGCAGUCGCACCAGCAAGUAACGCAUCAUUUGCGGCAGGAUUUAACCUCUCAGUUCCAGUCGCCGUCUUCUUGCAUGCACGCCGCGGGAGAAAUUUCCACCUUCUCGGAUGACGAGGAGAAAAUCUCCUUUCUGAACUCUCUGUCCGUGCAAGACAGUCAGGGGGACGUGAGCCUUUCUCCCGAGCUUUAUGUUCACGGAGCACUCAGGAGUCCGUGCGAAAACAAACUAGAAGACGUGACUGUGAGGGACCGGGACAAGAAGAACUGCAGCUUGAAGAAGUCUCCAGAAAGUGAGGAUAAUAGGAGUGAAGAUGCGGAGCGUCCGAAGCAGAGGCAGAGAAGGAAACCCCGCGUACUCUUCUCGCAAGCUCAGGUCUUUGAAUUGGAGAGGAGGUUUAAGCAACAGAGAUACCUAUCCGCGCCCGAGAGGGAGCACCUGGCAAGCAGUCUAAAACUGACCUCCACUCAGGUGAAGAUCUGGUUCCAGAACCGGCGCUACAAGUGCAAGAGACAACGCCAGGACAAAUCCUUGGAGCUGGCAGGGCACCACCACCCACCCCCGCCCAGGCGCGUGGCCGUUCCCGUGCUGGUCCGGGACGGCAAGCCGUGCAUAGCAGGAUCCCAAAGUUACAGCAGUCCUUACAGCGUCGGAGCCAACGCAUAUGCUUACAACGGCUACCCAACCUCCUACGCCAGUUACGGCGGCAGCCCGGCCUAUAACACGAACUAUACAUACACCAGCAUCCCGUCACUACAGCCUUCCUCAGCGCCCAAUGCCUUUAUGAAUGUGGAUCUCGGUAACGUGAACAGCGCAAUGCAGACCCAGUCACAUCAAGCGUCAGCCAUGCCCGCUUGCCAAGGAACUCUGCAAGGUAUCAGGGCCUGGUAA